AUGAACCUCGUGCUCCACUGGUUUGAUCUGUGGUCUGACAAGCAGAGGAGACACCUGCUGCAUUCUCUGCUCACACGCUGCACCAAGUCCCAGCUAAAGUACUGUAAGGAUCUGCUGAUCGAGACCGUCCCUGUGACUAAAGUGGACUUCACCGUGGUGCUGCCUCGGUUUCUGUCCCUGUAUGUAAUGUCAUUUCUGUCCCCUCGUGAUCUCUGCUCUGCCGCCCAAGUCAGCUGGCACUGGAGGGUCCUGGCUGAACAGGACUGUAUCUGGGCAGGCCGGUGCAUCCGGAGAGGCUGGUUCCUUCCCUACUCUCCUGGAGAGAAAGAGUUUGGAGCAUGGAAGAACCACUAUGUCUCCUGCACCUCCACACUGGACUGGCUCACUCCACGAGAGGCAGCAGAGCAGUACGGGACUCUCAACCAGCAAAGCACGGGGAUGACAGAGGAAGAGGAAGAGAGGAGGAAGGAGAGGAAGAUCAGGCAGAUGAUUUGGGACAAACUUCAGGAGGAGAAGAGACUGUCUAUGAGAACCAGGAGAGCAUGGGGCAGCUACACAAAGCAAGACGAAGCCAGAGGUGGAAGUACCCAGACAGGGAGGUCCAGCUUGGGGAUAACCUUCAGCUCUUGGUCCUCCCUUUCCUGGCCUCCAAAGACUGUUGGGUCUUCCAGCCUCUGUCUUAGCCUGGAUGGGGGACAGUCCAUGAGUGCGCCUCAGAGCAUGGACGCAGUCCAGGCCUCCAGUUCAUUCAGACCGAACAAAGCCACUGGAGCGCUGUCCUCCUUCACCUGCAGACCUUCACCACAACACACCAUCUCAGUCUCAGCCAUCCAUCGCACCACUCCUGUCCUAUUAUUGCUGAUCUCCAACAGAAUUCCUGCUUAUGAGUUGGUGCUGAGUGGUGUAAAGGCAGGAGUGGUUGUGGUUUUGUAUGACCACAGGGGGACUCUCUCAGCCCUGUUAACCCAGGUGGAGAGGGCUGUUUCAGGGCAGAGGGCUCAGAGGCUGGGCCUGCUAGCUCCAGGAGGAACGGAGGAAAUCCAUCUGCUUCACAGUAGUAGCCUGUCAGAGAGGACUUUACUGACCCCCGACCAUAGAGAAUUCUGGGAAAAACUCUGUGGCUGGGUGGCACCAACUGAGAACGGAGGAGGGAUUGACAUCUUCUCCCCUCUGGCUGCAUCAGCAUCAGGAAUGGCUAUCAUCCAGACUCUCUCUACUCUGACUGGUCUGGAGGUUCGGUCGCCAAUGGGUCUUGUCACCGGAAGUUUCCAGAACAUCCUGAGUGAGUGGUCUGACAGCAGAGUGUGUACCGGGUCGUUGAACCAGCAACCAGCAACCCCAGCAUACCAGUAUGUGUGUGAGAGUGUGCUGCAGGGCUGGUGCAGACAGGCCAUGUGGAUGGAGGAGGCUCUGGGGGAGCUGAGGGGCCGCCUGGGGCCACAGUUACAGCAGGUCAGCCUCCAGGCCAGGGGCCGAGCUCUGGGUAAUUUUCUGUGGGAGAAUAUCGGCCUUGAGGAGAUUUCUGUGUCUAAAGAUCUAGGUGUGGCUCUGACUGAGGGACUCACUGCUCUCACCAGGCAGGAAGAGAUGGUGUUAGAUUGGAGAGGUGUAGUUGCCAGAGAGCUGCACCACAGUGAAUGCCUUUAUCUGGCGAGACUGGGCGCUGUGCUGAAGGUGUACCAGGAGCCCCUCACAGCAGCUCUGAACUCCAACAGAGCCAUUCUCAGCUGUGCCGACGUCCAGAUUAUCCUCAGCCCUGUCACACAAAUCCUGGAGCUCAACAGAGUGUUUCAGGUAGAUUUACAGUCCAGGCUGCAGCAGUGGGGUGCAGAGCAGUGUAUUGGAGAUGUGUUUGUAAAACUGUGCUCGAGUCUCAGAGUCUACACCAACUACCUGAACAACUUCACCACUGCCCUGUGCACCAUCGACAAGGAGCUGCUGCUCUGUCCAGUAUGGAGAAUACAGGAGUACGUGACUCUGCUUCAAGCUCUGUCUUUACACACACACCCCGGACACCCUGACCACACACACCUCUCCUCUGCCCUCAACACACUGCUACGCUACAGAGAAUUCAUACAGAAGUUGAAACGUAACUCAGAGAGAGACAGACUGCUGGAGGAAACACAGCAGAUGAUCCGAGGCUGUCCAAACCUCAGUGAAGGAAACAGGCAGCUGAUAAUAACUCAGGAUGCUGCUUUGCUCAGGAGUCCUGAUGAACAGAUUCCAGACUCUCUCAGGACCUAUGAGCAGGUGUCCGAUGUGGGCCUCUUCCUGUUUAAUGAUGCUUUGGUGCUGACGCGCCGAAAUGUGCAUCACACACCUUUCACGGUGGCUCAGCGGAGCAUGCACACUUUCCUGGCCUCCGUGGCCCUCGCCAGCCUGGCUGUCAGAGAGAUUACACACACACGCUAUGUGUGCCAUGCCUUUGUCCUGGAGGGUCCUCGCCGUUCCUGGGUGUGUGCCACAGACAGAGGUGAGGAGAGGGACCACUUCCUGGCUUUGCUGCAUUCAGCCAUCAACUCUGCUCUGACGGGACAUCAGUGA